UCGGGUAAUGUAGCAUGCCCUCCAUGCAGAGACGCUACAUGGCGGACCGGGAGCAAUCACCGCGGACCUGCUGGCCUGCUCGGCUCCUAGCGCUUCAUCACUCGCUCAUCCCUCAUCAAGCACUUCUUUUCCGUCUGUCGAGUCCGUUGCAAUGCCCCCAAUGCUCAACAGCAGCUCCAUCCACGCGCACAUGUCGCCGCCGUCAUCUCCACGAGUGCGCAAGCUCGACGUUGUGGACCUGAACGCCGGCAGUCGUGAUAUGAGCCAACGGGACCUUGGCCACGUUAUUCUCGACACGCUGCAGCAGCGCGUGACCAUCGCAUCGCUGCGCUCGCUCGUCAGCUGCACUGGGAUCGGCGAGACGGAGCCGUUCAAUCUGCCGCCGCAGCACCGAAUGCUCGCGCGUAUGAAGACAAACGCCAACUAUUUCUUGACCAACUAUCUGCUGCUCAUGGUCGGCGUCUUCGCCUUCUUGUUGUUGUUCUUCCACCCGGUUCAGCUGCUGGUGUGCAUCAUUGUGGGCUACGGAUGGCACAUAUUUCUCACUAAGAAGGAGAUCCCGACCGACAGGUUUGAAGUCUUGGGUCGACGACUCAGCGAGCAAGAUAUUCUGCUUGCAGCAACAGGAUGUGGGUUUGAUGUACGAAGGUUCCGGUGGUGAGUUUAAUACUGAUAGAUUUGAUGUUGCAUCUUCUGCAGCGACGAUGGUGUUUCUGCUCUUCUUCGUGCUGCCUACCGUCAUCUUCGCGCUCUCUGUCUCGUCACUGGCUAGUGCUACGCACGCUUUGCUCCGCAAUAACCGACUCAAAGAUGACUCGCUCAAUGCACGGCAAGGCCCAGCGACGUCAUCCGACGUCGAUGAGCUCGCGUAAAACAUCUACCGUAGUAUUCAUGAAAUGCAUUGGGACAUUUCGUCUGUAUCUUCGUUACCAGACGCGUUUAUUAAUCCAGAAAUACGUUCAUAUUUGUCCACCUG